AUGGAAGAUGACUGGCUACCAGGGAAGACCGUGCUGGCCUCGAUUGCUAUCGAACAUCUGGUCAAUACAUUUCGCAGCCAGACACAAAAUGAGCAAACACUUCUGAAUCUACUUACUAGCCUUCUGAAGCAACUCCUUCUACACAAGUCUGCGGUUCCUGAAGGUAUACGAAGUUUGUAUGAGCAGCACAACAACGGAAGUAAAACCGCUCAGCCAAUUCUCGAUGAAGUCUUCGAGUCACUUCAAUUGAUAGCUGCAAGCUUUUCGCAGGAAUGUAUUGUGGUAGACGCACUCGACGAAGUGCAGCAACAUGGCAAACUGCUCCAAAGCUUGUUGCCGAAAGUUUUUGAACUACAAGCCACAAAACCCUUCAACUUGAUGCUAACCUCGCGUGAGAUUCCGCGGCUAACGGAGGAAGUUCACAGCCAUUUUACCCUGAAAGUGCGUGCCAGCGACGACGACGUUAGAAGACAUGUGGACGGGCGUAUGGACGAGUUGCCGAGAUUUGUUUCUAGAGAUCCGAAGAUGCAGCAAACCAUCAAGGAUGCUAUUGCAUCUGCGGUAGAUGGAAAAUAUGUCCCUUCCAGGAUCUGGAGCCAUUGGUUCAGAUUGUAA